AGUCCUAUAAUCAAACGUGUUGUCUCUGAACUCUGGGAAAGUCAGGUUUAGAAUUCUGCUCUAGUGGUCUGGGUUUGAGGUAAGAAACUUGUCCCAGAGUAAUACUGUUGCAUCAAAACAUAGGACUGCAGUCACACAGGAAAUGAUGCUUUAAAAAUGGCGGUUCUCCCAGGUCACUGUAUUAACAAUUCCUGUCCUAUCAACCAUAGCAUCUGUUGAAGAAAGAGCAAACGCAACAUGAAAAGGAACAAUGAUUCCAUGUUGACAGAAUUUGUCUUGGUGGGGCUUUCUGCCCACCCAAAACUCCAGACAGUGUUCUUUGUGCUAGUUUUAUGGAUGUACCUGAUGAUUCUGCUGGGAAAUGGAGUCCUUAUCUCAGUAAUCAUCUAUGAUUCUCACCUACACACCCCCAUGUAUUUCUUUCUCUGUAAUCUUUCCUUCCUGGACAUUUGCUAUACAAGCUCCUCUGUCCCACUAAUUCUUAACAGUUUCCUGACAGUAAGGAAAACCAUUUCCUUCUCAGGGUGCAUGGUGCAAAUGCUUCUCUCCUUCGCCAUGGGGGCCACGGAGUGUGUGCUCCUAGGUAUGAUGGCACUUGACCGCUAUGUUGCCAUCUGCCACCCACUAAGAUACCCUGUCAUCAUGAGCAAGGGUGCCUAUGUGCCCAUGGCAGCUGGGUCCUGGGUUGCUGGGCUUGCUGACUCAGUGGUGCAGACAUCUCUUGCAGUGCAGUUACCAUUCUGUACUAAUAAUGUCAUUAGCCAUUUUGUCUGUGAAAUUUUGGCUAUCCUGAAACUGGCCUGUGCUGAUAUUUCAAUCAAUGUGAUCAGCAUGGCCGGGUCAAAUCUAAUUGUUCUGGUUAUCCCAUUGCUAGUAAUUUCCACCUCUUAUAUUUUUAUUGUUGCCACCAUUUUGAGGAUCCCUUCCACUGAAGGAAAAUGUAAGGCCUUCUCCACCUGUUCAGCCCAUCUGACGGUGGUGAUUAUAUUCUAUGGAACCAUCUUCUUCAUGUACGCAAAACCCAAGUCUAAAAACUCUGUUACUCUUGACAAACUUAUUGCCGUGUUCUGUGGAAUAGUCACCCCGAUGCUCAAUCCUAUCAUGUAUAGCCUGAGGAACAAGGAGGUUCGUGGGGCUAUGAAAAAACUGAUGAGUAGACAUUGGUUCAGGAGGAAACAGUAAGAAACUGACACUUUUGAGUUCAUAUACAAAAUAAGCUCACAUAUUUUGAGCAAGGGUUUUAAAUAUAAACAUAGCAAAAGGAACGAAGGAAAUAUGUACAGUCACAGAAUUUCAGAGUUAAGAAAGAUAUUUUGAGAUCAACAGUCUAACUUUAUCACUUUAUGAAAAUGACUGUGAUCUCAUAAAAAUGUAGACACAAGUGGUCUAAGAAGUGCAAGUAAACAUAUGGGGACAAAUAAAAAAUAUUUAAAAGUAAACCUUUCCAAGAAAAUCUAGCACAUAUAUUUACUCAACAAAUAAAACAUAUUUUCAGCCUCUUUUAUUUGGAAAUCCAUUUGAUUUAAAGGUUUUUGUUUGUUUAUUCUUACCAGGAAUCUAACCUAAUCCCAGUCUACAUUUCUAGCCAUAUAUUUCACCUUCUUCUUUCCCUUCGCAUAUACUCACCCACCCACUUUGUGCAUGCUUUGCUCCACCCACUAUGUAGUUACCCGGGUAAUUCAUGUUCUCUCAUACAUAAGGGUAAUAACACAUUGUACACAGAUAUCGUAUCUUCCCAUUCUGGUUUUAAACAAUUUAUUAUGUGCCUUGGUAUAAUUUUCUUCAUGUUUCUUUUCCUUGAGGCUCACUGAGAUUCUUGUGUCUGUGAAUUUAUAGUUUUCAUUAAAUUUAGCUGCCCCUCCCCCACUUUUCUCCAUUACAGUGUCCAGUUACAUGUAUAUCGGGCCACUUAAAGUUGUCCCACAGGUAAUAGAUGAUCU